AUGUUUCAUGAACACCGUCGGUGCAAUGAUCACGACUUCGCCAGCGCGUCGAAAAAGGAAAAUCAGAUUCGCGAAACUUACCAACAACUAGUGGACUGUACAUCUACUAUUGAAAAGGAAAUUGAAGUCCAAGAGAGAAUUAAAACAAAACAGUUAAAUGAGAUUUGCUCGCUGUCAGCUCAAAUAAGUGAGCUCACCGAUCGCGUGGAGAAAGCGCGCUUAAGAGAGAAUGAACUCGCUGAAAGGGUCCAGAGAUGGGUCGAAUAUCUAAAUCAGGAAAAAGAAAAAAUGAUGGCUCGUGGAUCUCGGCUCUACGCUACUGGAUCCCUGUCAGCGAAUGUUUCCGAUGACAUUGCGUACAACAUCAACAUGCUUGUGCAGAUGAGACAAAGAGUCAACGAUAAACUUCUGGAGAUCAAGCGUAGGAAGAAAGAACAUAAAAAUCAGCUACGUCAGCUCAAAAUUGAGAUGCUGAAUAUGCAUGGCGAGUUGGAGGAAUGGGAUAAGAAAUACGACGAAAUCCAAGAAGUGACCCAACGGAUGGAGAUAACUCGCCUGCAACUACUGGAAAGGAUCAAGGAGCAGCUGCAAAAAGAAACAGCAGCUAAGCUCACAUGUAUCCAGCUCGAUAAGAAACUGCAUGAACUCUGCGGAAACCUCAAAUCGAAUGAGCACACGGUGGAUAGUGAUGACCAAACUAUGAAGAAUCAGCUUUCGAUGACUGAAACAUCGGAGAGUCAAGACGGGGAUUCACUAGCCGGUAUGAUACGAGCUGGCAAACGAAUGCAGUUGUGA